AUGGUAUUUGCCCGUGCUGCCUCGCGUCUUGCCCGCCCUGCCUCGUCCCUCCUCAGCGCUCGCGCCGGACCCCGAUUGACUUCGUCGCUGCGACAACCCAAUGCUUUCAGAACGCUGACCGCGACUGCUUCACAACAGGGAAAAGUUCUUCUCGUCCUUUACGAUGGUGGCAUCCACGCCGAGCAGGAGCCCCAGCUUCUCGGUACCACUGAGAACGAGCUUGGUAUCAGGAAAUGGAUCGAGGAGCAAGGCCACGAGCUGGUAACCACCUCCAACAAGGAGGGCGAGGACUCCGAGUUCGACAAGCACCUUGUUGAUGCUGAGGUUAUCAUCACCACUCCUUUCCACCCCGGUUACCUUACCGCAGAGCGUCUCGCCAAGGCCAAGAACUUGAAGCUUGCCGUUACUGCUGGUAUCGGAUCUGACCACGUCGACCUCAACGCCGCGAACAAGACAAAUGGCGGUAUCACCGUCGCCGAGGUUACUGGCUCCAAUGUCGUCUCUGUCGCCGAGCACGUUGUCAUGACCAUUCUGGCCCUUGUCCGCAACUUUGUCCCCGCCCACGAGCAGAUUGCCAAGGGUGAAUGGAACGUUGCUGAGGUCGCUAAGAACGAGUACGACCUCGAGGGCAAGGUUGUCGGAACCGUUGCUGUCGGACGUAUCGGAGAGCGUGUGCUCCGCCGUCUCAAGCCUUUCGACUGCAAGGAGCUGCUGUACUUUGACUACCAGCCUCUGUCCGCGGAGAAGGAGAAGGAGAUUGGCUGCCGCCGUGUUGAGAACCUCGAGGAGAUGCUUGCUCAGUGCGACGUUGUCACCAUCAACUGCCCGCUGCACGAGAAGACACGGGGUCUGUUCAACAAGGAGCUCAUUUCCAAGAUGAAGAAGGGCUCGUGGCUGGUCAACACUGCCCGUGGUGCCAUUGUUGUCAAGGAGGAUGUCGCACAGGCUCUCAAGGACGGCCACCUUCGUGGAUACGGUGGUGAUGUCUGGUUCCCUCAGCCCGCUCCCAAGGACCACCCACUCCGCUAUGCGACCAACCCAUGGGGUGGCGGCAACGCCAUGGUUCCCCACAUGUCGGGUACCUCCAUCGACGCACAAAAGCGUUACGCCGACGGCACCAAGGCCAUCCUGGACGAGUACUUCUCUGGCCGCCACAACUACCGGCCCGAGGACCUUAUCGUACACAAGGGCGAUUAUGCGACCAAGGCGUACGGUCAGCGCAAGUAA